ACUGCUUGUUAAGCGGUUUCCAACAGAAGAAAAAAGAUGGGCCCGUUUGGGAGAGAGGAUGUUCGAAUUCUGUUAUUAGGAGAAAGAGGAGUUGGAAAAACCUCGCUUAUUCUGUCGUUAGUUAGUGAAGAGUUCCCUGAUGUUGUUCCCCCACGUGCCGAGGAAAUCACUAUACCGGCCGAUGUCACACCAGAACAAGUACCAACACAUAUAGUCGAUUUUUCAGAAAGUGAACAAACUGAACAAGAUCUUGCCCGGGAAGUCCAGCGUGCUGAUGUAGUUUGCCUAGUUUAUGCUGUUGAUGAUAACCAUUCUUUGCAACAAAUUACUGAAAGAUGGCUUCCAUUGCUACAAUCACUGAGGCCCAGAACCAAAGAUGAUGGAGGAAGUCAAACUGGGGAAGUUGUAUCUGCAGUUCCAAUCAUUCUGGUUGGAAACAAAUCUGAUCUGCUUGAACAGGGAAACAUGGACUCAGUGUUACCCAUCAUGAACCACUAUGCAGAAAUUGAAACCUGUGUGGAGUGCUCUGCAAGGACCCUUCGUAACAUUUCGGAGAUGUUCUACUAUGCCCAAAAAGCUGUGCUUCAUCCGACAGCACCGCUCUAUAUCGCUGAAGAUCGAGAGUUGACUGAGAAAUGCAAGAAGGCUCUCCGACGAGUAUUUGCUAUUUGCGAUCGUGAUGGGGACGGAUCUUUGAGUGACGUUGAACUGAACGCUUUUCAGCAGCGAUGUUUUGGAACGUCUUUACAAAAUCGUGCUCUCGAAGAUGUACGGAAUGUUGUUCGUCGCCACACCAACGACGGUGUAGGAUCCAACGGCUUGACGCUCUCUGGAUUCCUUUUCCUUCAUCGUUUAUUCAUUCAACGUGGACGACAUGAAACCACAUGGACGGUGCUAAGGAAAUUUGGAUACGAUGAUAAUUUGAACCUAUGUCGGGAUUACUUGCAUCCACCGUUGCGAGUUCCUCCGGGAUGCAAUACGGAAUUUUCUGCAUCAGGCUGGGCAUUUCUUGUACAGCUAUUUGAGCAACACGACAAGGACAAGGAUGGAGCUUUGAACACGGAAGAACUCGCGUCACUUUUUUCUCCUUGCUCAAUAAUGCCAUGGGGGCAAAAUUUAAAGUAUUCGGUACCUACCAAUGGCCAAGGUUGGCCAACUUUAAAAGGUUACAUGGCACAGUGGAGUUUAAUGACAUACUUGGAUGUCCGGAGGACGUGCGAGUUGCUAGCGUACCUGGGAUAUCACACUGCUGGCACGGACAAUCAACUUUCUGCUAUAACUGUCACAAAAGCUCAGCGUUCUGGCGGUAGCAAAAAGCGCAAUACACGCACAGUUUUUAUGUGCCAUGUCAUUGGUCCACCUGGCGUGGGCAAAACAACUUUUUGUCAAGGAUUGCUGGGCCGAACCGUAGACGAAAUCGACACUUCUAAUUUGUGGUGUGAGUUGCCUCGAUAUGUCGCCCGACAAUUAAGCGUCUACGGCCAGAGCAAAAUCCUUCUUCUUCAUGACGUCGAUGCUUUAGGAGCUGACUCACUCUCCCCGCAGCAAGUAAGUUGCGAUGUUGCGUGUCUUGUGUACGAUGCCACAGACGAACACAGCUUCGAACACGUCGCCAGAUUAUAUCUAAAGUAUUUUGCCGAAACGUCGAUACCCAUUCUUAUCGUUGCUUCGAAAUGGGAAUCAGGCCCUGUGCGUCAACAAUAUCUGCAACAGCCCGAGACAUUCUGCCGCAAGCAUCGAUUACCUCCUCCUCACGGUUUUAGUGCUAAAGCAGGGCGUCUCCAAAGCGAUGUUUACAUCAAACUAGCAACCAUGUCGUCCUUUCCAUCGUGGAGGCCUUCAAUGUUGAGUGGAAAUUCCAGCGCUGUUUGGAUCCGAGCUGUCGUGGGAUUAGCUGCUGCUACCGCCCUGGGUCUUAUUCUGGCGCGAACCAUACGCCGUCUCAACAUCGGUUGAUAGACAAGUGUCUUCUCUCAAAUGAACCUAAAGAAAAAUUUACCGUUCAUAAUGAAGUUGCAGUGACAAAUUUUCAGAUGAAGAUUAGAUCCACAAAAAGAAAUUCACAUAAGAAAUUAAUAACAUUAUUCUAUGACUGAUGCGCAGCGUUCCAGUGUUGUGUAGCAGUAGAAAGUCCGUGUUGUUGGCCACUAGAUGGCAAAUCUUAUUGGGAAAAGUCAUUAAAUAAGAAUUAGAAUUCGUCAAAGGUGA